AUUUAUUUAUUUAUUUAUUUAUUUAUUUAUUUAUUUAUUUAUUUAUUGGUAGGUUUUUUAAAAAAAAAUACUAUAGCUGUACUAUUUUUUUUUUUUUCUUUUCUCAACCCACAAUUUAAUAAUCUCUCAAUAUAAUAACAUAUUACACAAUACCCCUUUUAAUUUUUUUGUUUUUCAAAUAAUAUUUUUUCAUACAAAAAAAAAUUAUUAAUUCAAAUUAAUAAUUAAUUCAUCACGCUGAAUUUUGGAAAAUCAUUUUUUUUUUUUCAAAAAGAUUUUUUUUUUUUAAAAAAAAGUUGUGAACAACACUUUCAUAAAAAAAAAAAAAUAAUUCAAAUUAUUUAUUAAAAAAAAAUUUCUUUUUUUUUUGUUGUUGAAAUCACAUUUCUAUUCAAGCAAGUUUGGUUACUUUAGCAAACAUUAUAUCCCAUGCAAAACUAUCACCACCAAAAUCAAAUGAAUGUUGACCAACAACAACAGCAACAACAUCAUCAGCAACCACAGCCUCAACCGUAUUAUUACAUGAAUCAAGAAAAUGGAUCAAAUUUAGAUAUUAAAAAAGAAAUUAUAGAUAAUUAUCCAGGAAUUGAUCAAAUUGAUAAACAUUUACAAGGAAAUCAUCAUUAUCAGCAUCAACCACACAAUGGUCACCACCAACAACAUCAACACCAACACCAACACCAACACCAACACCCACAUCAACAUCCACAUCAACAUGGACAUGGACACCAACAUCAAAAUCAGCACCAUCAACAAAUGCAUCAUCAACAAACACACCACCAUCAUCAUCAUGAUAACUCUGUUUCACAUUUAGCAAAUUCUGAUUCAAUAGAGGAGUCUACAUCAUCUUCAUCAAGUAAUUUGAUGGCUGGAAAUAGUAGUUCAUCAAACCAAUCACCAAGAAUAACCUCACCAAGUAAUAAUAAUAACAACAACAAUAAUAAUAUUCAAACAGUCCCAACUACCUCCACAAUCAACCAACCAUACGAAAUCCCUGAGAUAUUAUUAGUACCAGGAGAUAGACCACCAUUUAUAACAUCAUUGGCAGACAAUAUACUUUCAAUUAUUUUGGGUAAAGCACAUAAAGAUGACCCAACUUCAGUUAUUUAUACAAAUAUUUGUUGUGUUUGCCGCCAAUGGAGAAGAAUAUCACUAGAAAGAUUAACCUCGUAUGUGUACCAAUUACCGGCCGAUAAAGUUAUUACCAAUUUAUUCAGUAAUUUUGCGAACAAUAUUUAUCCAAACCUCAAUUCAUUACAAUUAAAAGUUAGUACACCAACAUUAUUUGAUGUCUCUAGUUUUGUUAGACUUUUAAUGACAAAAAACACUACAAUUACAACCUUAGAACUAUCACAAAAUGGUAUUGGUAAUAAAGCUGCCCAUUGUAUAGGUGAAUGUUUAAAUAUAAAUUCAACUAUCACUCACUUGAACCUUAGUUUUAAUUCAAUCGGUAAUGAGGGUGCAGAAGAAAUCUCUAAAGCAUUACAAGCCAAUCAAAAAUUGGUCAAUCUGGAUCUUUCACAAAAUUGUAUCGGCCUUAAAGGUUCAAAAGCAUUAGGAACUGCUCUCCAAAAUACUCAAUUUUUAACUACAAUUAAUCUUUCAAAGAAUAGAUUUGGUGCAAAAGGUAUUGAUUUUAUUAUCGAAUCCAUUGGUAAAAAUACAUCAAUAACAAGUAUUGAUUUUUCAAAGAAUGACCUUAAUGAAAAGAGUUCGCAACAUCUUUCAUCCUCAAUUAAAAAGCACCCAUGUCUUUCGUCACUCAACCUCUGCGAUACCAAAUUGUCAUCAGACUCAAUGAAAAUACUUUCUGAAGGUAUUAGUUCCAGCCAAACUAUGUCUUAUCUCGAUUUAUCUAGAAACGAAUUUGGUUAUAAAGGUUUAAAGCCUUUGGCUUCUGCCUUAGCUUCUUCUCAUUCGAUAACCUAUUUAGACUUAACCGGAAAUUCAAUAGGCGAUAAAGGUGCAAUUCUUUUGGCGGAUGCUCUUCAACAAAAUAAUUCAAUUAGGGACUUGUCAUUAGCAUUUAAUAAUAUUGGUAUGACUGGUGCUAUUUCCAUAGGUUCCGCCUUAAAAGUUAAUCAAUCACUCGAAAUUUUAGAUCUAUCCCUUAACGCAGAGAUUGGCCAAGGUUUUUCAUCAAUUGCUGAAGGGCUUUGUUACAAUAAGAAAAUAAAAAAAUUAUCAAUGGGAACAACUGGGUUAGGUCCGCAAGGUGCCAAGUUUUUAGGCGAUGCUCUUCGUUAUAAUUCAUCCAUAACAGAUCUCCAACUACGUGGUAAUGAAAUUGGUGAUGAGGGUUGUAAAGCUAUAAGUGAGGCAUUCAAACAAAAUAAUAGCGUUACAGAGCUCAACUUAUCAGGUAACGGUAUUACCAAUGAAGGUGCUAAAGCAUUAAGUGAAAGUAUUUUUUAUAACUCAAGUUUAACAUAUAUCCAGUUAAACCAUAAUAAUAUUAACCCUCAAGGAGUACAGUUAAUGAGAGAGACUUUGGCCAUUAAUUUUAUUGUCACACAGGAUUCAUAUUUUUUCCCUCCAACAUCAACAACUACUGUAUCAGGUUUAUAUAUUUAUAGAAAUAAUAGUCAUAGUAGAAAUAACAGUGAUAGUAAUAGUAUUUUGCGUAUUAUUGUAUAAUAAUUUUUGUUUUUAAUUAUUUUAUUUAUUUUUAUUUAUUCAAUUUAUAAUAUUUGUUUCAGUUAUUAAAAGUAAUAGUAUUAGUUAAUCACCUUUAUAAAUUAUUUUAUUAUUUUUUAAAAAAAAAUUUUUUUCUUUUUUUUUUUUUAAAAAAAAAAAAUUCAGUUCGUUAUUAAAAAAAAAUCAAUAUUUUCAAUAGCAACAUCAGUAAAUAAUCAAUAUAUCAAUAUCAACUUUCAAAAAAAAAAAAAUAAAAAAAUAAAAAUUCAUUAUAUGUAUAACCAAAAAUAUAUAUAAUAUAUAUACCUCCAAUAUAAUUCAGUUUUUUAAGAUUUCUUCACCAAAAAAUUUAAUUUUAUUUAAAAAUGAAUCAAUAAUCAAUUAUCCAUCUUUUUGAUAUCAUUUAAUAUUUAUCAUUUGGUUUUUGGGUUUUUUAAUGGAAAUCAGCAAAAAAAAAAAAUUAUUUAAAAAAAGAUAAAUAAAGUUUUUUAUAUUUAAAAUUU